AUGCUGCUCUUGUCCUGCUUGCUAGCGGCGUCGGCCGCCGCCCAGGCUCCUGCCGUUCAGCAGGACAGGACCGCAGCCACGCCCGGCGAAACCUACGAAGCCGGGGACCUCUACCUACCCACGAGCAGAGUAUUCGUCCACGUAGGAAAGACGGGCUUCGGACAUGAGCACGGUGUGAUCGGCGCCAUAAGUCAAGGUCGUCUCCUACUCGGAGCGACACACGACGCCGGCGAACUGGUCUUCGACAUGACGAGCUUUGUGGCGGAUACCGACGCCGCCCGGCGAGCGGUGGGGCUCGAGGGCGCCAGCUCCGAGUCAACUCGCCAGCAAGUGAACGCCAACAUGCGGGGCGCGGAAGUGCUGAAUGUGGCUGCUUUCCCGACCGCGCGGUUCGUGAUUGACUCGGCAACCGAGGACCCGCUGCCCGAUCCGUCGGGCGCCAGGCGUUAUCGCAUUAGCGGCAAUCUAACUCUGCAAGCGCAGACGCGUCCCGUGACGUUCAUGGCGGAGGUCGAUGUCAAGAACGGGUGGAACCGGGUUCGCGGCGCUUUCAAGCUCAAGCAGACCGACUUCGGGAUGAAGCCCUACACCAAGGCCUUGGGCGCCGUGGGCGUGGCUGAUGAAAUGAUCGUGAGGGGCGAGUUGUGGGUAGCUCCAACCGUCGGGGCUGCUGCGUUGCGAAAUAACCCGCUAACUUCUUCGAGUGCCGACAUGGAAGUCGCAACCACGAUCCCGCAACGCGUUCUUACACUGUGGACCGUCCGGCGCCCCCUGGGCCUCGCCGUCGGAGUCGCUGUUCACCUGCUGUUCGCUUACACCGUCUGGCGACUUUUUUGGUUCCUUAAGGAAGGCGCCGGUCCAACGACGAGCAGCUCGCUUCUCAUCGAUGCCGCGCUCGCGUUGCAGUUUGCGGUUCCUCAUAGCGCGUUGCUGCACCCCAGUGUUCGUCGGGGGAUCAUCCAAUGGAUCCCGCCGGCGUUUUACGGCUUGUUCUACACGACGGCGUCUUGCCUCUCGCUACUGGCGGUCGUCAUGUGCUGGCAAACGGUGGAACCGAUCCUUUGGAAGACGACGGGAGUUACCCAGACCGUUUGCCUAGUCGCGUUCUAUCUAUCGUGGCUUGCGCUCUGCUACAGCCUGCAUCUGACGGGCAUGGGCCAUCAAACGGGACUCACGCCGUGGCUCGCUUGGGUGCGCGGCAAUCCGACGCCCCGCCGCGAGUUCAAACCGCGUGGUGCGUAUCGUUUCGUUCGCCAUCCGGUCUACCUCAGCUUUAUGGGACUGGUUUGGUUUACUCCUACCAUGACCCUCGAUCACGCGGUGCUGACUGUUAUUUGGACCGUCUACUUGUUCGUAGGGAGCUGGCUUAAGGAUCGUCGAUUGGAGUUCUUUGUCGGAGACGCCUACCGCGACUACCAGCGCCGCGUGCCGGGCUAUCCCUUGAUUGUGUACGGCCCCCUCGGAAGACGCCUAAGACCAGACGACAAUUCUCAUUCGCUGGUCGAGGACACCCAAGUGGCGGCUUAA